CUUAAACAACAAGAAGUAACAGAGAUUCUCGAAGGGCGUUUCGGAUUGCAUGGCUCCUUGAACGGGAAGUGCAUGUCGAAUCAAUAUAAGCCGCAUCGAAAGCGACCCUCUCACGCCGUAUUUAAGCAGAUAUUUCCUUUUAAUAGUCCACUGUUAUUCAGAACUAGAUGAGUUUAAAACAGCUACGGAAACUGGCAAGUACACCGGGAGACCAUCAGCGAUUGUGAUACUCUCUGACUGAGUUUGUUUUACUUUCACCAAGUUUCUUCAUCAAGGUUUUUACUGUUACCUUCAAUCGUCAUUUCUGGUAAGUAAUCUGUAUUUUAUUACGAUUCGUUAAUUCUCACCACGACUAACUGAAUGCGCUUGUGACCAUGGACGAAAUCUCGAUCAUCUACAAGGUCAUUGCUUCGAACUUAUCUCAGCUAUCUUGCCAGAAUGUUCGGCGCAUGACGCGUGCCGCUCUAAAACAACCUAUCAUAGGCCGACAAAGUCGCAAUUCACGCUGUCAAAUAUACCAAGCAUAUUUGUUCUCUCGUCUCAGAAGUGUAUGCUUAUCACGCUUCCCCUGCCGCUUCGAUUCAAAUCGUCCGAGAAUGUUGUUGUUUGCUUUCGUGAACAACACUGUAAUUUAAGUGGGAUGCCCAAGUUGCUGGUUUUUAUGGCGCAAAACGUUACCCGCAUUUUCAUCAGAGCAGAUUUCGCUGACGGAAGACGAAAAAUCAUUUAUUUAUAAGUAGCCUAAGUAUUACUCUAUACACGGACGUCUUCAUACUAUGAUCUAUGACCACUAUUGUUAACUAUCAUUCUAUCUACCGCAGUGACCUUGAUUUUUUUUAACAUCUAUGAAUAACUCACACUAGUAAGGCACGAAAAACAUUUUCGUUCAUUGUCAAAAGGAACAACCAACAACUUCUCAAUUUGACUAAGUUUUUCUGAACACAAGUACUUCAAUUCUUUUAGCAUCAAAAUGUAAUCAUCUGUAUUAUUAAGCUAAUUAAACAGGAUCAUUUUCCUUUUGAAACACAUGUGCGUUAUCUUGUUUUCGGGAAUCAAAGAAGACAAUCUGGUUUUUAAAAAUAAACAUUUCGGUUUUUGUAUUGUUCAAAAUCAAUGAAUAAAGCUUAAAGUUACAGAGGGUAAGGCGAUCAAUCCGUUCCGUUCAGCCAUCGAAAUCGCAAAAAUGCAGUUCACAUUAUAUAUAUUUAAUAUUGUGGGUUUCAGAAAUAAGUAUUAGCUUUUCUGCUCGUGCCGACCCGGGUGUUUUUACCAGAAAUCAACCCUAGUGAACGAAGUGUAUUAAACUCUUAACCACACAUAUGCAAAUUGGUCUCAAUGACGAAAAACGCAAACCACUUUUGAAGUGUUUUCAACGUUCAAGAUAUACACCCGCGGUGCUGUCUGUAAUCAUCUCCACUUUUAUCUACUUAAUUCGAAUUUCCAUGCCUUUGACUUGAGCGUAACAAUCUGGUUCCAGCCACACUGGCUCAUUUUUUCCACAAACAGAGAGCCUGUUCACAGGCUACAAGGCAUACUGUUAUGUAUAACGGCCUGCUAAAUAUAUACAAACCAUAUAACGGACCUUCGGGAACAACUUUUUUUUUUUGUUCUCGACGUGAAGCUAAUGCAAUCAGAACACUUAUUUUACUUAUUAAACUUUAGACCGUUUGGCAAUACUGCAAAGAAUUCGUUAAUAACAAGCUGUACAAGAAUUGGAAAUAGAUUACAAAGUAAUGAAACAAAUUGUCUAAGAUUACUGUCACUGAGCCAGUGAAAUCGCUUAGCGCCUUAAGCAAUUUACCACCCAUGCAGAACAAGGGAGAAAUAAUUCCGAUUAACAACGAGAAAUGCUAUAUACUCAUUUCCCUUUGAAGGUGAUACGUUCAGCAGUUGUUUGGGACCAAGGGCCUCAAACAGAAUCGCACGUGGCGAGAGAUGUAGGAAAGAAAAAGUAUAAUUAGAAGACCCGCCAAGGGGCCGGCGCACGGUUUUGUCUAAUCUUUCAUUUAUUAAGAGUCAAAACUCCGGGAAGUCGAUUUUAUAAAAUCGUGGAAACAAAACGUAUCACAUUCGUAGAUUAUUUCAUGUAUCAUAAUAAAAAGACAAAAUAUAAAUACAAGAGUAGGAAGUCGCUUUCCUCCUAACGUAAUUAGCUAGGCUACAUGGGGUGAUCUUUGAUAGUAGAGAAUUAGACGCAUUUGGGAAGUAAUUAGUGAAUUUCGAGUUCAUUUAGGGCUGCUAGAGUUUAAGCGAAAGUCGCCUAUCGAAAUUGGGAUCGAAUUAGAAUCAACUGAUAGUCUCCCUUAUUUUAUGAUGUUCUUACCACAUAGUUAAAUAUAUCUUUACAGAUUAAACGUUAAUAUGGUUUUCUCUUAGCCUCCCGCCGUGUCCGUGGAUCUUGAUAUUAGUUUAAUUAAUUGAUGUUUAAUUCACAUUGUAACUUCGAUUUUGAAAGUAUUGUCUCCGCACGAGAUAUCACGAACUAUAAGCUGGUGCUUUUAAACAGUGGAAGCAGUUUCUGACCGUUUUAAAUAAAAUAAAAAAAUCCUUUUGAGAUAACUUCACUGAAGAGCUUUAAUUUCUAAUGGAUAGUUGUACGACAUGUACCUAAGCAAAGGUUCUUAAUUACUCGACGUAAGCUACGCAACUUAACCACCUGUUUCAAAUCUCCUUUUUUGGCUUUAAAAAGUCCAUUCAAAAGGUCAAAUCUUACAGCGAGAAUAGUACGGCCUAUAUACGCCAGGUCUAAUACAUACACUGAGUCAUCAAUUCCUCUAUUUACACUCGCGUGCCUCUAAAUCACGCUAGCAAGGCAUAUCACCUCAAGUACUUCAUUUCCCGUAGGUAAGCUCUGAGUUUCUAACAUCAUUCUAGAAAGAAACGCAGCUGCUAUGGAGAUAUUAAAAACAUGGUUUUGACGUUUAAUUAAUGGUUUGACGAAGUUUGUUCAAGUUUCAACGUUCAUCUUGAAAAACCUGUUGUCAAAAAUAACGUUGCGUGAUCGCCCGCUUCAGUAGCGAUGCGUGAUAGAAAUAACUUUUAUUUGUGGUGUGAGAAAUGUUUCGAUUAGUUUUAUUAAUGACGAGAGUCAUCGAUAAGGCUAUUUAUCUUCACGGUCAGCACUGUCCUCACGUAUGAGACUCGUUUAUACUGUCUCUAUCGCUGCAGAGUCAUGAUAGCUCAUGAUAAAACAUUAUCUCGCCAUGAGAAUAUAAAAAAGAAAUUUGCCAAAACAUCAUAUUUACUAACUCAAGUUUUGGCCAGCUGGCAGCACAUUCUCCAACCUCAAAAACACAGUAGUUUAGGGUUAAUGAGAUUCUUCACUACUCUAUAAUUACCGACGAAUUUCUACCCGAGAGAUUUUUCACGGCUGUCAUAUUUAAUGGCAAAAACGACGAAUCGUAAACGCGCUCUUAAUUCGCCCCUGAUUUGCGCAGCACGUAAUAAUCGACCAUAUGUACUGUUAUCAUACCGGGUUAUUUUUACAGUAAUUUAGCUAAUCCCGUUAAAAUCCUCGUAACGGCUUGAAAGAAGUAAUAUUUGCUUGAUAAUGCGGUGGGCGUAGCGUUUUUUAAAUGUUAAUUCAAACGAACCCAUUGGCAAGCCAGUGCAAGUCAUUAGUAAUAGAAAUGACAUUUGACUUAGAAGAGCCUUCCUUUGUUCUUUAUUGGGAUAUAUUACUACUCCCAGUAGGGAACAACCUGCAAAUGGGAAAGCUUCUAGAUACGAUGGAUGCUUAACAACAUUAAAGCUUUUGUUGUUUAACAUUACGGCCCAUUGUGUUGGCACAAAGGCCUUGAUAAGCUAAAGGGCUGAUUGAAUUAUAUAAUCCGCAAGGUGAAUGGCAAGCCGUGCUCUAUUAUGUCCUAUCAUUUACAUAUGACAGUAAAAGCAAUUAGGAGGGUAACAAGUGGUAGUUAGGUGUAAUAGAACGGCCCGAUAUUGUGUUCGAUAUUUUGUCUAAUUCUCAGUCUGUUUGUAUAGUCAUUGUUUAGAAGCAAACCCCCCGAGCUCGGAGCUUUUAUCUCCUGGUAGCGUAGCACGCCCUAAAAACAUUUGCCCAUUGUCACAAACGAGUGAAGUGAACGGCUCGCAAGCUAAUCAAGGAAACGUUAUCUGAAACGAUUACGAACGUGAGAGGCCUACAAGUGCUAGACACGAGUGAACCCAACUCGCGGGAGGCGAGGUAAGCAGAUCAAUGGUGUUUUGGGCUCAACAGAACUUUUCUAUGAUUUCCUUCUACGUAGGCAGCACACAGCGAAACAAAAUUCCAACCGCGUGGUUUUAUAAGUUGUUUUGACAGCGACGAAUUCUUCAACUUGUUCAGUCGACAAAUACUAGAUCGUCGGGUCAAGUUUCUUAAGUGGCGUAUAGUUGUGCCAUUUCGAUUUAUCUUAAGACAUUGGUCAUGAGGCUCAUGUUUAGCAACGUGUUUUAUAAGCAGUAGAGGAUCGAAGAACCUUAAUCCCUAGGUAUUUUCAUUAGGAUGACUGAAAUGCACGCCGAUAAGUGAAAUCGGAAGUCUGCUUACUGAACACUAUGUAAAUUGAACGAGGGAAAAUGCCAAGCCAACGUCUCAUCACACGGCUCAGCUCAUCUACGUUAUUUAUUUACACUGGGGCCAAAAUAGCACCAGCUCGGAUCCGUUUAACAAUGUCACAAAUUCACGCUUUGUUCCUAGUUGAGGGUAGAGUGUUUAGUUUUAAAGAAGUAAGUUUCAAACACUCCAGUGCAUUGCUUUUCCGCCUCCGGCAGAUGGGGCUUAAUUUUACAGACGAGAAUAUUUGCGAAGGCCGGUGUCGCUGGAUCCUCGAACGGAUUUGCGUGUCUUUUAAACAGGGCACUCCAGUCGAUACACCGAGACAAAUGGCGAUUUUGCAGUCAAUCAGGGGCCUUACAAACUUCUGCAUAUUGUCUGAUUCACCUUGGUCAAUAUAAUUCACCUUGCUCUCUCAAAGAACGUUUGCUAUUUCGAUUAUUAAUGAAAUUUCACUACAUUGCCUUGAAAGAAUUUCAAGUCCAAGUUUAUGUGUUAAAAGCUAGGCAUUCACUGAUUGCGCGUUUUAUUAACUGUACUCUCGACUUGUUUCCCUAGUUCCAUGUAACCGUCCUCAGUGGUAUGCACUUAAACCUGAGCGUCCAAGUAAUCGUGAAAAUCUGAAAAAGAACGAUCAAAAAUAAACUCCGCUAUGGGAAACCAUUGCUUCAUAUCUCAGUUUAUUCUGGUGGAAAUUUUUAUCCUGAUGCAAAAGCUAAAACAACAUUGCAUGUGUUACACAAGGCCGCGAUUACCCGCCUUGACGUAGAGAGAGGCAAUUCUGGCAAUUUUCCGCGGCACUUCUUCAGUAAAACUUUGAGAAACGUUUGAAAAAAAAACGAAUCGAGUUUCUGCCAAAUCUAGUGCUUCGUCUUUAAUUUGCAUCUAAAGUAAUUGACUUUUGGCCUCGAUAAGUUCUCUUUAAAAAGCUAAACUACAAUACGAAAACAUUUCCAUGAAUGAUUUAUGAAAUGGGCAACAACACAAUGGCUUUCGUUUUAAAAAUUUGCUUGUUAGUAGUGUUGUUGUACUAUUGGUUUUCUGUACAGCAUUUCUUCAUUUUCUGAGAAAAAAGAUUGCUUUUAGCUUACUGCCGGAUUAUUCGAGUCGUAUCUCUGGGCUUUCGAUAAUUAUUUUGUGCGUUUAAGUGGAUUGCCAGAUGGACUUGUUUUAUCACAUAAAUGUUGAAGUCAUUUUGGUGUGGGGUUCAAUAGUGUGUGUUCAGUUAUAUGUGAUUAUCGUUGAAAAAACGAAAGUUGUGAUUCAUUUAAUCAUUUACAUUUUGUAUUCGAUGGGUUUUUAUAGGGUAAAAGACGUCCUUAUUCCUAAGGCUUAAAUCCAGAAUUUAGUGGGAAAUGCACAAAUUCACGAAACUGAACUUGGUCUUGGUCUACCAAUUUGCGCUCAUAAAAUCUUGAGUAAUUUUUUCUUGCGCCAAAUCUGUUGAACUCAUUAAAGCUACCAACGUCAACGAGUUAUUUUUAGUGUAUAGAGACUAGAUGGUUCUUCUUGGGAAGAAAACGGCGAAUUUUUUUGGCAAGAGCUUUAAUUGUGGUUUUUUGAUCACCAGUCAUUGACUGCACGCGUCUCAGUAUAUUUGGCAUUUUGUGUAAAUAUUUUCCUAAACUGUUGAAGUAUUUUUACUCGUGUUUAACUUGCUCAUAAAUCGUUUCUAUUUCCAGCUAAAGUCACGACCGUAUAUAGGCGUACGAUCGGUCCUUAUAAAUGUACUUGACCAGUAUCAGAUAUUCGCACGAAAUAACACGAAUGCAUUCGACAGCACCAAUUCCGCCCGGCUUGUCAGUAUAUAUUUCGAAUACUCAAGAUCGAUAAAUUCGAUUCGCCAAACAAAGAUUAGCAAGGGAGCAACAUCAAAAACGCCAGCACCGAAUAGAAUAUCAUGAAUAUAUAACCAAUGCAGCCACUAAAACCGAAUCGCCAUUUUAGAGGAUCAGUAAAAGAUCGUAUGCAAAUGUAGCCCUUGUGUGUUUCUCGUGUGGCUUCGCUCCUCGUAAUUAAUUACUUUCCAUUCGCAGAUGACACAUUUUGCAAAUCAUUAGUGACAAUAAUAAGGUGUUUAUACUCUCGGCUGUGUUAUUCUCUCAACUGUAAGCUAUUCAAAGAGAAUAGAAGUUUGGUCCCUGAAUGCCUCAGUACUAAUCCGUCCGUGAGAUAAGCCUGCUUUUGGCCAAGACUUUUUCUCGGAUCUUGUUUACUUAGACAUAAAAUGGUUCUUUUGGCCAUUGGGGAGGUUACAAAGCGUGUAGUAAAUGGCUCGGUGAGUCGCGGCUAAACAGCUGAACAAGGGCCAAUAUUUCUUUUCUCAGUGAACAAACAAUAAACUGCCUGGUAUAUUUGCCAGCUAUAUCGGGCAAUGAUCAAGUGUUUUCCCCUGACGUAGCCAUUACUGUACUUCAUAUCAGGAAACAAUAAAGUUCAAGAAUUUCUUUCACGCUAUUCAAGUGAGGUGGCAAAAGAGUCUAGGAUUCUUUUCGCGAGGAGCGCUUCCACGCUAAUGAGCUUUCGCGUUUUUUGUUCUCUGUCUUUGUGCAAACAUAUCGUAAAGUUAAACUUCGCGAGUAAACACUACAAUAAUAACAAAUGUACGGCGACAUAAAUUAAAAGGAAAGCGACACUGCUCAAACAGAAUUGUUGAAGUAAGUUCUUGACAUUACAGUACUUUCGACCAUUCUUUUACUAUCAGUGUACUAUGAGGCAAUUCACUUUCAAUUCUCUUCCUUGUUUGACAUGAUGCAUAUUUAAUGUACGGUUCUUUCGCAGCUGUGGUCUUGCCCUUACCGAAUAGUUACUACUUUGGGAUAUAUUUUAAGGUUCUUUAAUGCCCAGCACGUCACUAAUCGCCGACAACGCUGACCUCUUUUCAUGAUUAAUUCGUGUAAAAAGAACCAAUAGCACUUUUAAACAUUUAUAUCUUUUAAAGUAUUAUUGAACAUAGUUGUCCCUCUGUUUGCUUGGCAAACAUGAAGAAUCUGUCAGUCAUCUCUCAGGGACUCAUAACAGAGUAUAUAUGCCUGACCCGUAGAUAAGCUUGAUAUCACAAUGUUGUUUUUUUGUACAUGCAAAACAAUCGUUGCAACCUAGAAGACGCCAGAUUUAGGUAUAUUAUGUCUGUGUUGAUUGAAAAACUCCAUGUUUGUAGAGCUGUACAAAGUCGCCCAAAAUCAGUUUUCAUAACAAUUAACUAUUGUCUCGCACAAAUAUCGCGUUUUAACCAUGUUUUUCGAGUUGCAACUCUGAUCAGAAAAACAAUUAGACUCACUCAAUUAGAAAGCACUCGGCCCGUGAAAAAAAAAAUGAGAAGAAAUGUUUAUUAGACAUGGGUCAGUUUAGAUCAAUAAGCACAGCGUGUGGACCACGAUUUUAGCUAAAUUGACUUGACCGGAAAGAAGGGGUAUAAUGCGAAAUUCAUAUGAGGGGGCGUGGGUACUGACUUUCAACGAAGACAUCUUUACGACGGAAAGCCCGUGCGAGUUUGCACUCUUUAAUCCAUCGAGUUUAAUACAACUUAAUACAUAACGAUCGUUACUCGUAGAUUUUAAAUAUCAAUCUGGGCCGAUCAAUCUGAGUUCGCAUUUAACGUAAAUUCUAAUCCCGUACGUUGCUUCGAUCAUAACUGGAGAUCGUGUAAUGUACUUUGAUAUCUAGUAUAAAACCAUUUAAGGUGACGAGUACUGUCACCAGUGACUGCUGUGGAAGAAUUUUUUCGCGCUUUCUUAUCUACUGUAGAAUCUCUAUUCCUGUAUAUAACUGCGAAAGAUGGAUCUCUGAGAUGGCGAGGUUAUCCCAUAGCAAAGCUUUUUUACGAUGAUAUGUGACUUUCUGCCUAACAUCUGUCAAUAUAAACGAUAACACGCAAAAUGAGAACUAAAAAGAGAGUCCGAUCUCUGACCGUCUUUUAGCGUUUCUUUCAAGACAAUAUUACUGCAAAUUUUAAAAUAUGCCUUUGAGGAAAAUUUUUAUCUGGUUGCUUUUACAUUUAUGGCUUCGAUCACAACUAAAAGAAAUGUUAUCCGAUAUCUAUAUUUUCUAUCCCAUCUGCCCCUAGCAUUGUUUAGGCCAAGUUAAUAACACCUUGCUCUAUUGAUUGACAGUGUUGCUAUGGUAGCCUUGUAAUUAGAGCUUUGCACGCCAAUCAGGUAGCUAGAGUUUUUUAUACACUCGAUCCCAGUGAUAUUAUGUAUACCCCAUGUUUCUAACCCUCUUGAUAAAUGCUGACACUUUGCAGAGACAAAUCACCACACCCCUGUAUUUAGCCUUAAUAGACUGAUACAAGGAGGAAGGAACUCUUCACUACCGGCGCGAUGUUUGCACCACUUCCAGCCCUGAGCUUCACGCCGCAACAGAUCGCACAGGUCUGCGAGACCUUGGAGGAGAGCGGAGACAUCGAGCGACUGGCCAGGUUUCUCUGGUCCUUGCCAGUUGCCCCUGGAACGUUAGAAGCUCUGAGCAAACAUGAGAGCGUGCUUCGAGCGCGAGCUAUUGUGGCAUUUAACAUGGGCAAUUUCCGGGAUUUGUACCAUAUACUGGAGACUCAUCGCUUCGGCAAAGACUCGCACGCCAAACUUCAAGCCAUGUGGUUGGAAGCUCACUACCAGGAGGCUGAGAGACUUCGAGGGAGACCCCUUGGGCCUGUCGAUAAGUAUCGAGUUCGCAAGAAGUUUCCACUUCCCAGGACAAUAUGGGACGGAGAACAGAAAACGCACUGCUUCAAAGAAAGGACCAGAAGUCUACUACGCGAAUGGUAUCUUCAAGAUCCGUAUCCAAACCCAACAAAAAAGCGCGAGCUGGCGCAGGCUACAGGCCUCACACCGACACAAGUCGGCAACUGGUUUAAAAAUAGACGGCAAAGGGAUCGUGCAGCAGCAGCCAAAAACAGGUAAAAACAAAUUUCACCUUACUUUGGCGCAGUCACAGCUUUGCGUUCGUUCCGUCUGGGUCAGUGGCCUUUGUUGAUGUUACUAGUGUACACAAACCUUAACGUGAAAAUCCUCUCGAGAAAUUUAUUUCCCCUUCCAAACGCUAGCAUCGAGGCACAUAUCAGCACGUUUGCAACGGAAAUGGGCAAAGGAUCCAGAGGGUAAAUUGUAGCGUAGAAAAGACGAUUCGUGUUUGUUAUUGUGGGGGUUUCGAAGACGCAUUCUAGACUUCAACACUUCACGAGUCUAUUAAUUUGGUUUAGGUGGUUUGCAGCAAAACAGAUGCCGGAGUAAAACAGCGUUUAAUCCUGAAAUUUAUACCACACGGAUAAGUCUAUUGAUAUUCGGUCUCGGUGACAGAGUAUAUAUUUUAUGAAUGCAUGUGGUUAACAUACAAAUUGUUUCGAAGAGAUGCAUUUGUUUCAGUCCCUUUAUUUCAUAGCAGCUUAUUCUUUAAGUGAAUAAAAGCGCUCAAUUGCUUCGGAUCUGGCGCCAAAGCGUGUACAGUAACAGCAGUUUGCCGGUCGCAUGUGGUUGCUGUACAUAUGGCUUUUAUCCAUAUCAUCGACGGGCUAUAUACACUCGUCCUAAUGAAGGAAAUUGAUCGAGAUACCGUUUCCCCCUGAGAUCAUCCGGAGUUGUCAGAACAUCUCUUAAAUUCCACUCUACAAUCAUUUGUUUGCGCAAGAAAUAUUUGAUAAUUUUCUUAGGUACUUAGCUAGGAUUAUGAGGCGUCUUUGGUUAUUUGUUUACCUAAAUUUCAUCUAAUAACUAUUUGGAGGCAUUACGAAGGCGAGUGGCGGUUUGAAUUUUCUGCCUUCACGUGCGGGCGUAGUGCUGAUGGCUUGCCAGAAAUCAGUGUAAUCCUAUCUUUGUUAAGUUGUUUUUAAUCGUUGACAAGGAAAGAUACAAAAAAUUAAAAAUUGGGCAAAGCAGCGGGAAAUGAAGCUCAAGAAAAUGUAAUCCCUUUAACGUACAAACAGUGAUAUUAGGUGUGAAGUGGGCCGUCCUCACAGCAGCCAACUUUUACAGGCGAUAACAAGCUUUCCCAUUUAGCGAGCAAACAUUAAAAGUAGAUGACGUAGAAAGCUUCAAAUAUUAAUUAAACUCAUUUGCACGGUGCAGACGAACAGACGAAGCGGAUUGAGCGAUAUUUAAAACGUUGCCUUGCAAAUCCAAAUAUUAUCUAUAAACAGUAAGCGAGAGAAGAAAAACAUUUCCUUUUCCUACUAGACAUUCCUGGACACGAAGGAGAAGCAGCUCGAGUGUUUAUUUAUUCGUUGUUCCGUUUGGUUUCGAUUGCCCUGUGUGUUUGGGACGUAAUUAUUCUUGAAUGCAAUUUAAGGUUAUAGUAAUCUUUAAAUCGCACAGUAAGACCGUCUUGAGAACUAAUGAAGUAUUUAUUUGAAUGCAAUUUUAUUGAUAUGAGCAUCAAGACCCACAGAGUUCUUUCCUCUUAGAAAAGAGUCAAACUAACCCCAAACAACACGGGUUUGUGUACAAAUCUCCUGGAUUUUCUUUUGUCAGUUUCUCCAAGCAAUUCGGUUUACGUUUUGACGAACACAAUGUAAUCUGAUGGAGUGAUUACAGUUAGCUCUUAACAAAGAUCUUAGCUGGAUAUUCACUAUGGCCACGAUUAUUCUUCUUGGUGAAAUAGUUCAUGAAUACAAUUCAAAACCAUUCACACCUUGCACAGGAAAAGAGAACCGUGCAGUAAUGAGAGUCAUUAAUGCCAUUAGUCGGGCCGGCUAUCCACAAAUUUCACGCCCAAAUUCAUCAAACUUAACAAGAACAAAGUGGAAAAACUGUCUCUUUCAUUUAGUAAUGAACAGAAUCAAUUCUUUCAAUGGCGUUGUUAUUAUGUAACAUGCAAGAUCUAGCCUUUUCCUAUCCUGAAGGCUUAUUGCCUCUUUUUCAAGAGCAUAAUUGACCUGGAAACAACUCGUCAAAGUGCUUUCUUGAAACUCUCCUUCUGGCUAUUUGAGGUCGCCUUUCGACAAACAGUGUAUGAAUAGCGAGCAUUUUAAGAGCAAAGGGCUCAACAUCUAAUUUUUUUCAGUUAAGGACACUUUCAACAAUAUCAUUUAUGAAAACAACUGAAAAAUAACCGAUAAUGGGCUAACAAAUUUACAAUAUGAGUGUUUUAUUUGAUAAUGGAUGAGUGGGAGCGCUUGUAUCAUAAAAUUAUACCAAAGGUAAACCUUUGCCUUAUCGUAUUAACUGUUGUUCCUAUCCGUUCCUUGCGAACAGUUAUAAAGUACAAUCUUCUAUUUUUUUUCUUAAAUUUUGUUUUCGAACCCCGUGAAGCCCCGUAUUUACACCCUGAUUUCACAAUGGUGUCUCAUAAAAAGUAAUUUUGGUCAUUUACAGCUGUAACGAUUUAUUUUCUCUUAUUUUUGGAUGAUUAGUAAACUUCAGUGUCACCGUAUUAAAAAAGUGGAAGCGUUCAUUGUAGAAAACCGUUUCGGCCUCCAAAUGUCGUUAACGAUGAGAUUGUGACUCGUCUUUUCUAUAAUUAAAAACUCUACUUCGCUACAAACUUACUGUUUGUGCAUUAACAUGUUCAAAUUACGACUCCGUCUCCGACUCCUUCCAGUCUAAGUCACGGUUUGGAUCAUUUCUCAUUCUACCUUCAGUUGCAUCUGCGGACGAAAUCCUAUGGUGUGACCAUUAAAAUGAAAGCCACUGAGCAGUAACUUCUUGUGGUACUGUUUAUUAUGCUGUAUAACUUUUGCAUCUGCGGACGAAAUCCCACGGUCUCACCAUUCAAAUGGGUCCCGCUUUGCAGAACUUUUGGAUGGCAAGUUAUUUAGAUCUUAGGAUUUUUGCACUAUCACGAUCGAAAAGGAUACACUGCUUAGGGUUAAACGCUCUUUAUUCUGUCAUUUACUGAGGGUACUAAAACAAACCAGUCCCCCUUACCAAACCAGAAUAAAUACGGUAAACGUUUUUAGAACACAUGCAUUGUAUAAUGUUAUAAUGCCAAAGCUCUGAGAUUCAGUCUCCUCCCGUCAACGAAGUAAUCAAACACGAUACACUGGUCUCUUUUUAAAAAUAACACAAAUCAAAAACCUAUUCAACAGCACGCAUUAAGCAAACACACUGACGCACAGCCUGCAGUGUUUUUCCUACAGGGGAACUACCACACCUGACUUCUCUCAACUUUUAGCUCAAUGGAAACCUUUGUGAUUCACUGUCGAGCGUCAUGAACCCUCUAACGUUACGCUCUCCUAUUUUUCUUUUCACAGAAUGAACCUUAACCAACAAGGGCAACACAUAUCUCAAUGCAAGGCGGGCUAUUCGCCAGAGGGAAAAGCUAUGGAAGACUUUCGCGGGCUAAAAAAUUCACCAAUUUCUGAUUCAACAGAGGAUUUACACAAAGGGGAAUGAGAUUAGAGAAGAAACCAGGAAAUAAGGAUUUGAACAAUUGUAUUAAAGAGCGAGAGAGAGACAGACGACUUCUGAGUAUCGAUCUCCAUGGUGAAUAUUUAAUGCGGCCGGAACUCUUGUGGCCGACCUGGUCUGAGGCGACGCGACUCUCGGUCAACACUUUUAUCUUUAAGAAACUCAAGUUCAAGAAACGAUCGAACAAAGUUCAUCUGGCAAACAUCAUAACGACGCAUGGAGAAUGAACUGCUCAGAAACGCUUUCACUUAUGUAACUGUGCCAAUUUCGCAAAAUUUCGUUCACCAACUCAAAAAACUAUUGCUUCCACACCAUUUUUAGUCCUAUAUAUAUUAAUUAUUCUGUGAGCAAGAGGAUUGUACAAAGCAAAACAGCAAAGAACUUUAAAAGCUAGAAAAAAGUUUAUUGGCAAAUUUUGAAUUGUUGUACAGAUUUAAGAAAAAAAAUAUUGUUGUAAAUGUUCAAAUACUAUAUAAAUAUUAUUUGCGACCAGCGCAGUUCAUGUAGCAUAAAAUUUUCACAGUACAGGGCUACCCCGUUGGAUGGACUCAAGAACAAUUUUUAAAAAAUACAUUCAACACGACGUGGCUGACAUUUUAAGGUUUGAUGAUGCGACGUCGUUGCUUCGCUAUCAUGAGGUUACAGGACGAGGAACGAUAAAAGGAGAAUAAAGUUGUCGAG